GGUCAUUCUCGCCCCACCAUGAGCUCUCUCCGCCGCUUGAAAGCAUGGGCGCUGGGCCACGAGCUGGACCCCCAAAACAUCAAAACGCAACUCGUCAAUGCUCAGGUUCCUAUUACUGACGCUCCAUGUCGCGGUUGCGCAGACCCUUGUGAAGAUGGUCACCCAGAGUACCCAGAACGCUUCAAGGUGGACAUGGAAACGCAAAUGCUGGGAAGUGUGUACCCGUAUCGCCGACAGAUACUGGUUUCAACGGGCAAAACGGACUGGGACCGAGACGUUACCUCUACGCGAGGCUCUUUGGCUUCACAUAUCUCUUCUGCUCACUACAAGUCGUCUGCUCAUGCAACACAUUCUCAUCCGACCGUUCCUGGAGUGUUUGACACCACAGCCUCGACCGAAAUAACUAUCCUCAAUGGCAGCCAUGCUUCCGUGUGCGAGGAAGAGACUGUUUUAGUCUUCCCAGACUACGUAGCAGUUACUGGUAUCCCUCCUACCAGCAAGGGAGCCCAGUUACUCUGGAAAAACGCGUUAGACCCAGCCAUCCCACGAAUUCUUGGGUCAAACGACCAGCCCGGUCUCCAGACGUGGCUACUCCCAUAUGCCUGUGUAAUAACAAUGUGCUCACAUAAACGACGCGACAAUCGUUGUGCAAUUGCUGCGCCAAAACUAGAGAGAGCAUUCACUGACUCUCUCAACCGACGUGGGUGGACGGUAGACAAUCAGCUAGAGCAUUUUAUCGACCUACCCCUCGAAAAAUUCGAAGGGAGUGAAGAAGACCGAGAACAACAUGUUGUCAGCAGCCUCAAAUCUAUGCAAGACUCCAAGCGCGCGUUAAUUCUGUAUAAUUCGCAUGUUGGGGGUCACCGAUACUCUGGCCUGACCAUCAUUUACACCCCUGGCGGUGCAUCUGUUUGGUAUGGACGUGUCACCCCCCACGACGUCGAGGCUAUCGUCGAGAACACCAUAAUUGGUGGGCUCGUCUUGCCGAGCCUCCUUCGAGGAGGUCUGGGUCUCGCGAAACCGGGCUGCACGUCACUCCACGACUGGUAG